AUGUCGGUUAUCUCGGGCGCGGCUCUGGACGUACAGCAUAAGCUCAAAGUGCCACAACGGCACCCUAAGGUGCCUGCAGCGACGCCAAGACCUCCAAUUAGUGAACCAGAAAGUGAAGAAGUCCGACUCGUCACUCUCGGAGGCCUCGAAACAUAUAUUACACAGGCCACGGAACAGAAAGGUCCACGUACACCUACGAAGCCCCCCCUGAAACCUCGAGCUCCGUAUAAACCUCGCGCACCUCCAAAGGCUCAGAGAACUACUACUGCUAAGAGAACUAAGGAAAAAGAGGCCGACAUUUCGAGUGUUCCCAAGCGACGGCGGCCAUCAACUUCGCAUACAGAUGAGGCCCCUGCGCAGCCCGUAGUGAAGGCUAAGAGUGCGCCUAAGGCUAAGAAAGCUAAGGAGGCAAAGAAGGGCAAGAAGAUGGUGAUUGAGGUUGAUGGACGUACAUACGAGGCGUAUGAACUCUCGUAG